CUGACCCAAUAAUUUGCCCGGCUUCAAUCGAAGCCGACCGAACUCAUAACCUCUCGCCGUUACCUCGCCGGAGGAGAAAAAACCGAGCUUUAUCUGUCUAAUCCAUUUGUUUUCCACUCCAGUUAUUUCCAGUGGAAGCAUCUCCAAAGCCAGGGACGAUCGCAGAUGUCGAGUACCACCGUCGAUCCGUCGGGAAAUCCAAUCCCUACUUCAUCAGUUCUUAUUGCGGCGUCGAAGCACAUCGCCUUUAAAUGCCGAGCUGAGAACAUGGCUUUUAUCAAGUGUAAGAAGAAGGAUCCAAACCCGGAAAAAUGCCUCGACAAGGGCCGCGAAGUCACCCAUUGCGUCCUAAGUUUGCUUAAAUCACUUCAUCAGACAUGCCCCAAGGAGAUGGAUGCUUAUGCUGGCUGCUUAUACUACCACACUAACGAGUUCGAAUUUUGUCGCAAAGAGCAGGAAGCUUUUGAGAUGGCCUGCCCCUUGUCUGAGUAAGUCUGUUCCAAUGAAUUACACUACUAUUAUGAAUAAUCAGAAAGUAUUUGAAUCUUCAAACUCUUGGCAACUUCUGAAGCUUAUAUUGCGAAUACAUUGUAUAUGUUUCUGAUUCUUUUCAGUUUACUGCAAAGAAUAACUUCAUUUACUCUGUUGACAUCCAUCUGUGGAUAUUUAUGCUACUGCAAAGAGUUUUUUUU